CGGUCGCCGCCGAUGGCUCGCGUUGUGCGGGUCCAGCGCCGCGGCCAGCCAGCGACACCCUCGCCGGCGGCCGGGCGGGUGCGGACGCGAGCUGAGUGCGAGGUGUCGCCGCUGUUUGAGCUCACCUCUGCCGACGGCGGUGAGGCUGAGCCGGACGCAGCGCCGCUCGCGCUGCGCGCGCCAAGGAUACAGCGGCCUCGGCCGCGAGGGAGGCGCCAGUCGGGCGCGUCGGCCGUGCCGCUGCGCAAUGUCCUGCCGCGCACUUACGACGCCGUCAACGAGCUCCUCUUCGCGCUCUCAGAGCGCCAUCCGCUCUCCAUCCGGUGCGGGCUGGCCGCACACUUCUCUCCUCCCUCCUCUCUCCUCGCUACCCUCCCCUCGCCCAGGCUCGCCUGAUGAGUGGCCGCGGUUGUCGCCGGUGCUCGCCCGCGACGCGUCGCUCCGUCCCACGUCGCAGGCCAGGCAAACAGGACUGGCUCGUCGACGGGAGUGCCAACGUGCGGAUACCACACACAGGGCUUUCGACUCGUGAUGCCUAUCGUGUGCUGCUAGAGGAAUGGGGAGCGCGCCAGCGGGGCUCGCUUUUUUCUAGGAGCAACAACAUCGCCAUUCGAUUGCU